AUGAACGAUGGCGGGGAGUUGAACUCCUUAGCUGAGGAUGAUAAGGAUGUUACCUACGAGGAUGAGGAGCAUUUGGAGGAUUCAGAUGAUGCUGGUCCGUCAAAUGUUUCUCAUUCUUCGAUGAGUGUUAGUUCUUUGUCCACCACGGUUGAGAGUAGAACACCCCGACUCCGAACCUACACAGACGGUUCAUCUUUUACUGGGCCUUGGGUGGUUUUCAUCCGGCCCAAACCUAAUGGAAAACGUCUUAACGUGGUACAGAUCACCAAAGAUCUGGCGAGGUGGCCCUCCGUGACCAGCAUUUCAAAGGUGCGACCAGACAAGCUGCGCGUUGUAGUGGCUGAUCGGAAAGGUGCAAAUGAAAUUGUUGCCAGCAAGUUCAUUAACCUGGAGUACCAUGUUUUUGUUCCGUCUCGAAACGUCGAGAUCGAGGGCGUGAUAACGGAAAUGAGCCUGGAGGCAGAGUACGUUAAGUCCAACGGCGUUGGAAAGUUUAAAGGCCUUGAGUCGACUUCGGUCGAAAUCUUGGAUUGCCGUCAACUUAAAACUGCCAACGUUGUGAACGGAGUUAAAAAGUACUCGCCUUCAGCCUCAUUUCGCGUAACCUUCGCAGGUACCGCCCUCCCUCACUACGUUUUGAUCAACGGAAUUAUCCGUAAUAAAAAUCGCGACGCGAAGCGGAAUCGGGAAGAUUUUAACCGAGAAAAUUUACGGCACAAACCUAACCUUAAAAUGGCCAACAUACCAGUUCCAGUACCGCUGAAGUUGGGCGGUGACGACGGAGAGGCGAUAAAAAUAUUCCGGCUGCAGUGGAAAUACUACGCCUUAGCCACGGAGGUAGCGAAAAAGGCGGCGAAUCAGCAAGUCGCGACCCUGAUGGCGGUCAUGGGAAUAGAAGGUGUGAUGCUAGUUGAGGAAUUGCAACUGACGGAGGAGGAGCUUGCGUUGCCGGAUGAAAUUUUAUCUCGGAUCGAGCAGCAUUUGAGACCACAACGUGACCGACGGAUGGAGCGUGCCGAGUUCAAUGCGAUGUGCCAGGAGGAAGAAGAAAAAAUAGAAGAUUUUGUGAAACGGCUUAAAAAGAAGGCGACCAGCUGUGGGUACACCGCGGCUCAGCAGGAAGAUCUGCUUAAAGAUCGAGUGAUAGCUGGUGUGCGAGACCAUCAGACGAGAAAGGAGCUACUCAAGGCUGGUGAUAUUCCGGUGGAUGACAUGGUGAAAAAAGUCAAGGAGCAUCAACAAAUCGAAGAGCUGGCACGAAAAUACGAACGAAUGUCAGUCACGAAGGAUUCUGCCAGGGAAACUUUCAAGUUGACAGCUACAAUGAAAUUUGUAAACAAGUGUAAGUACUGCGGCGGAAAACACCCGAAAGAUAAAAAAAAAUGCCCAGCGUUCGGAAGUAAAUGCCGCGCAUGUGGGAAGCUGAACCACUACAAAGCAGUUUGUCGUGCGAAUCGUGUGAGGAAUGGACCCAGGAACAAAAACAUCCGACAAAUGGAAGAUAGCUCUGGAAGUGCGGAAAGUUCAGAUGACGAGGAAGAAUGUGAGUACGUGGACAUUGCCAAGGUUGACGGUGAACAAAUGAAGGACGCUGGAAAAAUUAUGGUGCAGCUAAGAGUAGUGAAUUGCACUGGAGCACCAAAGCCUCUGGACAUACAAGUCGAUACAGGAGCCAGAGUGAACGUGCUUUGCUAUAGAGAUCUGAUGCGGAUGUCACCAAAUGCGAAGAUUUUUUCCACGAAAAUCAAAUUGAGGUGUUACUCGGGAAAAAUAAUAGCGCCGAAAGGAAAAGUGAACUUGGACGUUGAGUUAAAAGAUGGCUCCAAGUCACUAACUUUUGUGAUUGUCAAGAAAACAAGACCACCGUUGCUGUCGUCACAAUCGGCAAUCGACCUUGGAAUCAUCAAAGUACAGGAUAUAUACAAUGUGACCGCUUUGCAUCAGAGCUGUGAUGGGAUCCUCCGUAAGUACCAUGACGUUUUUGAAGGUGACGGUGUAUUCCAUGGGAAAUUCAAAAUUGAAAUUGAUGAUUCCAUUACAGCGGUCCAACAAAAAGCACGACGCAUUCCUCUCGCAUAUCUCCCGGAGUUGAAAACCAAGAUAGAGGAUUUAGAGAAAAGAGGAAUAGUUGAACCGGUCAACAGACACAUGGAGUGGCUGAGCAAUCUCGUGCUAGUUAAGAAAGGCGACAAAUUACGGCUGUGCCUGGAUCCGGCGGAACUAAACCAGGCUAUAAAACGUAUGAAUCAUCAGAUCCCGACGAUAGAGGAGCUGCUUCCGGAGUUUGCUAAAGCGAAAGUGUUCACGGUACUCGACGCAAAAAACGGAUUUUGGCAUUUGGAUCUAGAUGAACGGAGCUCGGAUUUGACGGCCUUCUGGACACCAAUGGGUGUGUAUCGUUGGAAGAGGAUGCCAUUUGGGAUUUCAUGCGCUCCUGAAGUUUUUCAAAAGGCACAACAACAGAUUAUUACCGGGCUUAGAGGCGUACGUUGUUUAGCAGAUGACGUAGUAGUUUUCGGUUGUGGUGACACAAUGGAGGCAGCCAUGCUCGACCACAAUCGAAAUUUGGAAGCAGUAUUUCUACGAUGCAGAGAAAGAGGACUCAAGCUGAACAGAGCAAAAGCAAAGGUGGCGUUAUCGUCGGUGCCAUUUUUCGGACAUAUUUUGACGGACAAAGGAGUUAAACCAGAUCCGGGCAAAAUAUCUGCUGUUUUGGACAUUCAACCUCCAGGAAAUAAGAAAGAGCUGUUGACUUUUUUGGGACUAGUCACCUACCUGGGGCGAUUUCUUCCGAGGUUGUCUGAAGUUAGUGCUCCACUUCGAAGGCUCACCCGUGACACAGCAGAGUUCGAAUGGAAUCAAGAGGCGGCAGAUUGUUUUCGAUUAAUUAAGCGGUUGGUGACAGAGGCACCCAUAUUGCGCUAUUACGAUCCAACUGAACCGCUAGUUAUUCAAUGCGACGCAAGCAUGCUGGGAGUUGGAUGUGUUUUACUUCAACUAGGCAGACCGGUGGCAUACGCCUCACGAACUCUGAGCAAGACGGAAAGAAAUUAUGCUCCUAUUGAACGGGAAUGCUUGGCAAUUGUGUUCGCGUGCAAGAGAUUUGAUCAAUAUGUGGCAGGAAGGUUUGCAGUCGUAGAGUCCGAUCACAAACCUUUAGAGGACAUUUUCAAGAAGCCAAUAACAGAUGCACCGCUACGUCUUCAAAAAAUGAGAAUGACGCUACAACGUUACGACAUAUCAGUUCGGUACCGAAAAGGUAGUGAAAUGCAUAUAGCAGAUUUGCUAUCAAGAACGGCCAUACCCAGCGAAAGGACCCAACAAAGCGACAAAGUGGAAGCGGCAUUUCAAGAAAUUGCUGAAGUCAAUGUUGUUGAGUUUAUCAGCGUUUCGGAUGAACGAUUUGGAGAGAUAGCGACUGAAACCAGAAAGGACCGAACUUUGUAUACACUAUUGCAAUUGCUAAUCGACGGAUGGCCAGAAAAUAAAGCUGAUUUGGAAGAUGAGAUGUACGUUUACUGGGCAAUAAGAUACGAUCUUUCAACGUGUCAAGGAGUUAUUUUCAAGAGUGGCAGAGUGCUAGUGCCAAAAAGUCUACGAAAGAAGCUGCUAGAUAAUUUACACAUGGCGCAUCUAGGUAUUGACUAUACGCUUCGUGCAGCACGAGAGUCAUUCUUCUGGCCAGGGAUGACCGAUCAGAUUACAAAUUAUGUCCGAAACUGUGAAGUUUGUAUGGAGUUUAGCAGUAAUCAGUGCAAACCUCCCAUGACCACGCACCCUAUACCAGAGUACCCAUUUCAGCGAGUAAAUAUUGACCUGGGCGAAAUAAAGACUGGCAACAAGAAGUUAACUAUAAUGGUUACAGCUGAUAGUUUCUCAGACUUUGUCGAAGUAGAUUUCUUAAGCGACUCUAAAACCAAUACGAUUGUGAAAAUCUGCAAACGUAAUUUUGCACGACAUGGAAGUCCGGAGGUAGUGGUCACAGAUAACGGACCACAGUUCGACAACGUAGAAUGGAGGGAAUUUGCACGAGAAUGGGAUUUUAUGCCAGUAACGUCAUCUCCGUAUCACGCCCAGGGAAAUGGAAAAGCAGAAUCUUCAAUAAAGGCUAUGAAGCAGCUGUACAAAAAGUGCGUUAAAAGUGGAGCUGACUUUUGGAGAGCUCUACAGCAGCAUCGUAAUACUCCGAAUGCUGUAGGAUCCAGUCCGAACCAAAGACUGUUUUGCAGAACUACUCGAAGCACCGUACCAAUCAUCGCGAACCGACUGAAGCCGCCCAAGUCACAGGAUGUAGAGGAAAGUAUUCGACACAAGAGAGCUAUUACCAAAAUGAGUUACGACAAAAGAGCAAAGAAGCUGCCAGAGUUACAAGUUGGAGCAAAAGUGCUGGUUCAACGUAGACCGGAUCUUCACUCAACGUGGGAGAAAGCAGUUCUGUUGCGGCGACUCGAGGAUCAGUCAUGCGAAGUUGAAAUGAGCGAUGGCGCGAUAUACCGUAGAAGUGCGGUUCACGUGAAACCCGGCAAACGAAACGAACAAACAUCUGAAGUGGUGAAGCCAGUGCGACAGGAGGAGGCUGAACGUUUACAUCCGAUGUGUAUUACGAAGGAGUCAGUAGAGCAGAACAGCGAAGAUGAUCGAGAGUUGCCUAAUCCAGAGAAGCAGCGUGUUUAUGGCACUAUCAACGCAACUGGGGAUAAAACGACACUGCCACGACAGGAUCAACGUUUUUCUUCAAGCGUUGACCAGAGCGGCUCAACUGACGAGAAGGGUUUUCCGGAGAUUCCUGCAGAGCGACCUAGAAGAGAAGUGAAAAAACCAUCAAGAUUUUCAGAUUUUGUCAUGUAA